GCUCUGUUGCUGAAGAAGCUGAUGCUGCUGCUGGCGGAUUGUGGAUGUGGGUGCAUGCUCGGCGAUUCAUCACAGAUGUGAGCGCAACCCCAGUCACUAUUCACCCACAGCCAAAGAUUCCUGAAAUUUUCUGUGAAGGAGCGGUGAUGAGGUGGAGAGAUUGAAGCGGGGCACCAUGUCGGGGACGUGUUGUAGGCCAUGUUGCAACUUCGGGAAGCGUUGUGAGAUUUUCCCAAUGGUUAGUCACUUAUCUGCUUAAAGCGUUUUUCAUGCCGUGCCAGUGCUCCGCCGAUGAUGGUGAAGCAUCGUCGCCGAAUGGGCGGUGUGUCGCCGGCGACAUGGCUGCUGCUCUCGCUCCCCGCUCUCCUCUGCUUUGCGGGCUUGCCGUUCAUGCUCAGCUCGCCCGCCAUCUCGCUUGCUACAGCUGCCUCUGUUUCCGCCCGCGAAGCCGCCGAUCUGCGCGAUGAGGUCAAGGAUAUGUUUUACCAUGGGUUCGACAAUUAUAUGGAAUAUGCAUUUCCUCUGGAUGAACUAAGACCUAUGAGCUGCACUGGUGAAGACUCGCUCGGUGGUUACUCUCUGACGCUUGUUGAUUCAUUGGAUAUGCUUGCUUUGUUGGGUGAUCGCGCACGGUUUAGCAAGGGAGUCAACUGGCUCGGAAAAAAUCUAAGCUUUGACAAGAACAAAACGGUAUCUGUAUUUGAGACAACCAUUCGUAUGCUUGGCGGUCUUCUAUCUGCUCAUUUAAUCGCUUCAGAUGCUUCUACGGGCAUGCAAGUAGAUCUUUACGAUAAUGAGUUACUGCGUUUAGCGGAGGAUCUUGGGCGGCGAAUGUUACCUGCAUUUGACACACCUACAGGUAUUCCGUUUGGAUCUGUCAAUCUAGCGCUCGGGGUCAGCGAUGAUGAGAGUCAGGUGUCCUCAACCGCCGGCGGUGGAACUUUGACUUUGGAAUUUGGAGUGCUCAGUCGGUUGACAGGUGACCCUGAAUUUGAAAAGGUCACGAAGCGAGCAGUUUUAGGGUUAUGGGCACAACGGUCACGAUUGGGACUUGUUGGAGGUCACAUCAAUGUAUUUACAAGCGAGUGGACACACAAAGAUGCAGGCAUUGGUACCAGCAUUGAUUCGUUCUAUGAGUACCUACUCAAGGCAUAUUUGCUAUUGGGGGAUGAAGAGUACUUAUAUAUGUUCAAAGAGGCUUAUAAAUCUGUCAUGCGUCAUCUUCACAAUGAUCCCUGGUACUUGGAGGUGAACAUGAACUCGGGUGUUGUUGUGUGGCCUUUGUUUAAUAGUCUUCAAGCAUUUUGGCCGGGCUUACAGGUCUUGGCAGGUGAUGUUGAGCCUGCAGUUCGUACUCACAAGGCUUUUUUCGCUGUAUGGAAGCGUUACGGAUUCACACCUGAGGGCUUUAAUUUGGCUACAUCCAGUGUGCAACCAGGUCAAAGGAGUUACCCGUUGCGCCCAGAGCUUGUAGAGAGCACUUACAUGCUUUACAAAGCCACUCGAAAUCCUAUGUACUUGGACGUCGGACGGGACGUAGUGGCAAGCUUGCAAAGGUCGGCAAAGUGUCGCUGUGGCUAUUGUCAUAUAGCAGAUGUGGAGUCACAUGAACAGGAUGAUCAUAUGGAGAGCUUCUUCUUAGCUGAAACUGUGAAAUAUCUUUGGCUGCUUUUUGAUUUGGGUGCUGGUGGGGACAAUUUGGUAGAGAAAGGCCCUUACCCGUAUAUUUUCAACACAGAAGGUCAUUUUCUGCCGAUGUCUCCAGAGAUAUCACUACCAGCUGAGCACUGCACUUAUGCAGGCAGCUUUUGCAGAGAACGAGUUGUUGGAAGACUUGCAGCUGUUAAGAAAAACCUGAAGAAAGAGCUUCUUAGUAACAGACAGGAAGAAGAAGACAGUACCGGUCACUGCAAAGACAGCAACUUGAAUGGUCAAACUUGCUUCGACUUACAUAAUGAUAGUGAGGAGCCUGGGAUCGGGGACAACGAUUGGACUGCUUCAUUAAGAAGCCCUCUGAAAGGUAUGUGUCCGAGACUGAAUCAUUGGAGACAAGUCGGUUUUGAUCCUGGAUCACAGCCUAGAGCAACUCCGCGCGCCAAGCCUGGUCCUAUUGAGCGUGAAGACAGUUAUUCCCCAAGAAAGGAAGCCAUCUUCGAUGAAGGAUGAGGUGAAACCUGUGAAAAUUACUAUUUCAACCAAUGAAAGAAGGUAACAAAGUUCCUUGGAGGAGCGAAUCAAGGAUCGCCGAGCAGGAUCAAAUGACGGGAAUGUUGUGAUGGUCAUGCAACAAUCCAAUUCACUAGUGGCAACGCAGGUGAAUUGAAUUCCAGAGGGAAAGAGAGGCAGCAUGCAGAUGUUUCGGAUAGUAUCAGGACGAAAAAGAUGCACAAUUAUCGGGCAAAUGAUGCGCUAUUGCUGCAUUGUUAAGCGCUCUGGUUGGUGUGUAUGUUGCAGCUGCAAGAAAACAAGAAUGUGGCGCCUGCCUAAUUCUCUGGCCACAAUCGGCCAGUAUUGGAGGCAUUGCGUUAUUUGUACCAAUGUCGGUUGCGUCGCAGAUUCUCCUUUUUGCUGUCGCCUUGACUUAUCAUUUAAUUUAUUCACUCUGAGUCCUCUCAAUGAGUUCCAUAUUUAACAAGGGUUCUGUUUACUUGUGGAGCAACCAGUUGUAAGGUAGAGUAGUUUUGUGUCUGGGGAGAGAGUUCAUAUACUCAACACGAUAUAGAUAGUUGUGAAGUGUAGCAGUUGAGAAUAGGUUAUGAGAGAUCACACCCAGACAAACGACGUGUUGGGAAUAAAGUUAACUGCUUAAAGAAUUACUUCGAAGCUGAAUUAAGGCGGUUUGAGGAGAAAUGCCCAACGUAGUAACUGGCAUGGGCUGCAGACGUCGAUGUCGUCAAUGCAACGAUCAACUUUUCACAAUAUAAAUUGAUUAUUUCA